AUGGAUUUAAAUAACACAAGAGGCUUUGGUGCGUGGCUAACCUACUAUUACUUGAGUCAUGGCUGGGAAGAAUAUUUAAGAGCUACUCCUACGCUUGAUGUUUUAACACGAAACCUCAUCAACGGCUCCAUUGCCAUUGUUUGUAUUUUAGGCCUGAUUGGAAAUGGAGCAACAAUUUAUUUUUUAGCCUGUUCCAUUAAGAGGAAUUCUUUCACCACUUUCAGCCUGAAUCUCUCUAUCGCUGAUUCGGGGGGCCUCACAUUCUUUAUUAUUACAGCUAUAUUUGUGGCUGUUUUAACUCUCCAUGAAACGACGAAACUUCUGGCAGUUUUUUUCUUGUUAUUUUUUGAGCUUUUUCUCUUCACCUAUUCUGCCAGCCAGUUUCUGCUGACGGCCAUCAGCCUGGACAGGUGUGUGGCAGUCCUCUUCCCACUCUGGCAUCGCUGCCAUCGUCCUCCAUAUCUGUCCACCCUGGUUUGUUGCCUCAUCUGGAUCCUCUCCUUCCUGCUCUCUGCGGUGCACUUCAUUCUCCACCAGACCAACAGCUCUGAAAGUUCACCUUUCCUUUAUCAGCUGAUUGUGAAUGGUUUACUUUGUACCCCACUCAUGGUUGUGUCUAUUGGGACUCUCUUGAUUCAUAUAAGGUCUAAAUCACAACGCAAUCAAAGGAAACCGCUCUCCGUUAUCCUGCUGGCUCUCCUUUGCUUCCUCCUUUUUUCUCUUCCAAUGGAUGCCUUGUAUGUCAUUGAAUAUUUUGGUUCCUAUAAUCCCCUCCUCGUGACCGUUGGGAUAGGAUGUGCUGCUCUCAAUAGCAGCAUCAACCCCCUGCUUUAUUUCUUUGUUGGGAGGAAGAAAAGAGGAAAGGACCAGCCAAGAGCAUCAUACAAGAUUGCUCUGCAAAGAGUCUUCAAGGAUGAAUAGUAGGGCAGCCUGGAAGAAUAGCAAGCUGCAAAGGAAGAACUUUCGUGAAGUUUUACUAUCACUGUACAUUCACGCUUGAUAGCCAUAAAUAAUAUGUGCAUUCAUUUAAAUCCUGAAACUCUCCAUUGCUAAUUUUGGGGUCCUCGCAUCCCUCAUUAUGGCAGCUAUAUUUGUGAGGGUGUCAACUCUUUAUAAAAAAAAACUUGCAUUGUCCAAACCUUUUUCUUCUUGUUUUUUGAGUUCAUUUCCUUCACCUAUUCUGCUAGCCAGUUUCUGCUGACGGACAUCAGCCUGGACAGGUGUGUUUGUCCUCUUCCCACUCUGGCAUCACUGCCAUCACCUGCCAUAUCUCGUCACUCUUGUUUGUGGCCCCAUCUGGAUCCUCUCCUUCUUGCUCUCUGCAGUGCACUUCAUUCUCCACCAGAACAGAGGCUCUGGAAGUUCACCUUUGCUUUACCAGCUUAUUGUGAAUGGCUUAUUUUGUACGCCUCUCAUGGUUUUGUCUACUGUGAGCCUCUGGAUUCACAUGAGGUCUAAAUCGCAACACAAUCAAAGGAAGUUCCUCACCACCAUCUUGCUGGCUCUCCUCUUCUUCCUCCUUUUUUCUCUCCCAAAGUAUGCCUCAUAUGUCAUUUAUUAUUUCAGUUUCCCUCAUCCCGUCCUCUUGACAAUUGGAAUAGGAAGUGCUACUCUCAAGAGCAGCAUCAACCCACUCCUUUAUUUCUUAGUGGGGAGGAAGCAGAGGGGAAAGAGUCAGCCCAGAACAUCCUUGAAGGUGGCUCUUCAAAGAGUCUUCAAGAAUGAGCAGCAAACAUGAAAGAGCACCAGUUGUAUGUAUGUCUGGUUGGAGGCUAGAAAUAAUAGAGGAGAAUAAAUAUGGAAAGGUCAAAAGUGAAAAUAUGUGUAUAAUAAUGUAUAAUAAUAAUAAUA